UCUCCUCUUGUAUAUUUGUCGAUUCUCUCUCUCUCUCUCUCUCUCUCACUCACUCUCUCAUCUCUGUUUCUCAACCAAAAAUGUUGAAUCCAGACGCCAGGCCCUACAAGCUGAAAAGCCCAUCUCUUCCUCUGUUCUAUCCACCAGCUCCACCACCACCAAAGAUGGCAACGGUGGUUCCAACUCUUCCACCGCAGCUACCACCCUUUGGGGCCUUUGGGCCUCUAUUUUAUCAUCCAUUUUACCCAGUUACAGGCCAUCAGUACCGACGACCAUGCAGCGUUUACUACUGUCCUCCACCUCCACUUCAUUUUCCUACUUACGCAAGCUGCACCAUUGCUGCAGAGAACCAGAUCAAGAGCAUGGAGGUGAAAAGUGGCGGUAUUUCAAGAAGGAUUUUUCCAGCGAGAUUUAAGGGGUCAUACAGACGGCCCUUCUGGUGGGGUUUCCAAGAGAAGAGUAGCUGUAGGUGGAUUUGGAGACCAAAGGCCGAUAAGGCGGAGGAAAGCGGCCGUUCAUGUUCAAAGCUGGAGACUGCAGAUAAUCUCCGUUCAACUCCUCCCACUCCCACGGUGGUGUUUAAUGGCUGUGAGUCCAUUCUUCAUGGCAGUACAACUGUUAUGAUAAAAAAUCUGCCCAACAAAUUGAGUAGGGAGAUGUUGCUGGGCUUACUUGACAAGCACUGUGCUGAGGAGAACGAGAAAGCCCAGUUGGGGUUGGACUCGUGUCUCUCUGAAUACGACUUCGUGUACCUUCCCAUGGAUUUCUGGCUUGGGAACAAUCUGGGUUACGCUUUUGUGAAUUUCACCAGCAGCGUUGCAGCAGAAAGGUUCUACAAAUCGUUCAAUAAUUACAAAUGGAACAGGUUUGAAUCGAAGAAGGUUUGUGAAAUUCGCCAAGCUAAGAUCCAGGGAAAGGAGGCUCUUCUUUCGCGUUUCCGGGCAUCCAACUUCGCUUGUGAUACAGAACUCUUCUUGCCAGUUCUUCUCUCCCCACCUCGGAACGGUUCUACAUCCUGUCCACCUCCUUCAGUCGUGGGAAGACUGAAGACCAGUUAGGGAUGAUGCCCAUGAAGAAUGCCAGGUCGCAAAUGACCAUUUUGCCCUUGUGAUUUAAGCCAGGCGUUUACUUAAAAUUAAAUAAAAAAUCACACGUGGCAAAUGUUUGUGGUUUUCAGGCUUUAAGCAAUCCCCACCGCCCCACCCUUCCUAGCUUGGGAAGUUGCAGCUUAUGAUUAGUCGGCUUCUCGGCUUCUCCUUUUAUCUUUCUGUCAGUUAUAGGUUUAGAAGAAUCCAUUGUGUUAUAUAUACUACGCAGGAUGCGCUCUGUGCAUUGAUGAUGGUGAUGAUUACCUGUGUUUUCAUUCUAUCCCCAAGAUGGCUUAGGAUUCUGUGUCUAGGGUGCGUAGUACGCCACUGGGGGAGGGAAUUAGAAACAUGGGUUAUAAGUUGU